AUGCAGGACUUACUCGCCAACGUGGAUCACAUCAAAUUUGACCUGGAGCUGGCCGUGGAGCAGCAGUUGGGGGCGCAGCCUCUGCCGUUCCCCGGCAUGGACAAGUCCGGGUCAGCUGUGUGUGAGUUCUUCAUGAGGGGAGCGUGUAUGAAAGGUGGGAUGUGUCCCUUCCGCCACAUCAGCGGAGAGAAGACGGUGGUGUGCAAGCACUGGCUCAGAGGACUGUGCAAAAAGGGAGAUCAGUGCGAGUUCCUACACGAGUAUGACAUGACCAAGAUGCCCGAAUGCUACUUCUACUCAAAGUUUGGUGAAUGCAGCAACAAGGAGUGUCCCUUCCUACACAUUGACCCAGAAUCGAAGAUCAAAGACUGCCCGUGGUACGACCGAGGCUUCUGCAAACACGGCCCCGACUGCAGACACAGACACACGAGAAGAGUCAUCUGCGUCAACUACCUGGUGGGCUUCUGUCCAGAAGGAAAAUCCUGUAAAUUUAUGCAUCCUCGGUUUGAAUUGCCAAUGGGAGCGUCUGAACAGCCUCCUCUGCCACAGCAAGUCCAGAACCAGACAAAGAUUAUGCCCCCCAUCGGUCGCUCGUCGCUGUCCCUAAUCCAACUGACCAACUCCAGCCCCGGCCUGCGGCAGCAGAACAACAUGAACGCCGGCCAGCAAAACAACAUGACUGCCAACAGAGGGCCGCGUCCUCUGGACCAGGUCACCUGCUACAAGUGUGGAGAAAAAGGCCACUAUGCCAACAAAUGCACUAAAGGCCAUCUUGCCUUCCUGAGUGGACAGUAA